UGGAGGGUUUUCUCUCCCUGGUGCUGCAUUCGCACUCCAAUGCUCAUGUGGUAACAUCCAGCACUGCUUGGCCUGAUUCCAGUGAUUUCAAGUACAAAGGAGAGAGGGAGAGACAGAAAGAAAGAGAGACAAAGUGUAUGUAUGCUGGAGAGAGAUAAGUGAGUUUAGAAGUAGGAGGGAAAAGCAGAGAUCUGGAAAAGGAACUAAAAGAAGAAGCAAGUGAGGGAGAAAACUGUUGUAAAAAGGGAUCUAGAAGAACCAGUAGUGAAGAAACAUUGAUUAGCUAACUGACAACAUGGCAACCAUGGAAGCACUGGAAUCCUCAAGUUCCCUGCUGGAGCCUCAAAUCUUCACUGAGAUCUCAGAAGACGAGGUCAAUCUCCCACCCUCAGAUGAUGAAGACGAUGCCCUUGUUGCAGCCAAGAAAGAGCUGUCCACCAUGGGCACUGAGGGGGAUGCUGCUGAAGACAAGGAUGAGGAGGUGAAGGUGGACUCACAGGUGAACGGGGUCUUGGUGCUGUCUUUGCUUGACAAGAUCAUUGGCGCAGUGGACCAGAUCCAACAGACCCAGAGCGGGCUUGAGGCCAGACAGCAAGAAAUGGAACGUUCAGUGACCAGCAUCCAGGGCGAGCUGACCAAAUUGACCAAGAGCCACAGUACCACGUCCAACAGUGUUAAUAAGAUGAUGGAGAAGGUGCGCAAGGUGAGCGUCAAUGUCAAGACGGUGCGGGCCACCCUGGAGAAGCAAGGAGGCCAGAUCAAGAAGCUGGAGAACAACGAGGCUGAGCUGCUCAAGAGACGCAACUUUAAAGUCAUGAUCUACCAGGAUGAAGUCAAGGUUCCAUCAAAACUCAACAUCUCUAAAUCCAUGAGGGUUUCUGAGUCUGUGUCAGGAAGUAGAGGAGGCAGCUUGAUAGAGCUAAAGGAAGCUGCGGAAGAGCCUGGAGAUGAGGAAAGAGAGAGAGAGGAGACAGACAAACCCCAUGUAGACCUCUCCUCAGAUGAGGAGGGACUGGAGAUUGAGGAGACAAUUGAGGAAACUCGUGCUGAACGGAUCAAGCGCAGCAGCCUGCAGCGCGUACAAACCCUGAAGACCGUCUUCUCAAAGGAGAAGAUGGACAAGACAAAGGCAAAGACCAAAGAGAACCUGGAGAGGACCAAACAAAAAACCAAGGACAACCUGGAGAAGACAAAGCAGAGGACAAGAGAGAACCUGGAGAGGACCAAACAAAAAACCAAGGACAACCUGGAGAAAACAAAGCAGAAGACCAAGGAGAACCUGGAGAGAACACGUCACAACAUUGAGAAGAAGAUGGGGAAGCUUGGAAACCGCAUGACUGUCAACCCUGAGCGCAAGCAGAAGAUGCAGACAUCCCAUGACAAGGUGAAGAAAGCCUUCACACCAGACCAUGUUGUUUACGCCCGCUCCAAGACUGCUGUGUACAAGGUGCCACCCUUCACCUUCCAUGUCAAGAAAAUCCGCGAGGGUGCUGUUGAAGUGGUACAAGGCACUGAGAUGGUGGAAGUGUCCCAGGAUGCCGAGCCCUUCAGCGGGGUGGAUGACGCAGUUGAAGAGGGCGCAGAGGAGGUUGAGAUGGAGAUGAUGAAUGGAGGAGAGGAUGAAGACGAGGCUGAGGAGGAUGAAGAGGAGGACAGCCACGAAGCCCUGCAUGAGAAUGAAGACAGAGAUAGAGACAGCGACUAAACAAAGAAUAAGGAAUUUGCCGAGAUCCUGACAAAAUUCUUUGCAUCAACCCUGAGUCUUCUGAAAAAACUGAAUAAAUUGGGAGGAUUGAGAAGAUUUCUAGAAAAUAUUCACAACAUGUAGUUGACAACAUUUGGAUCUUAUUUUCACUAUUUGGGCCAUUAUUCCUAUCAGUUGUAAGAACUUUGUACUCACCAUAGUAUUUGUUGAGAUCUGGAAGCAUGGUGAUAUUGCUAGCUGACGACAAAAUUUGUCAACCAGAUAGGUAUUAAAUAAAUAAAUACAUUGUCUAGAUUAUCCAAACCACUUUUUUGGAGGCAAAAUACAUCCAAAAUGUCAGUAAUAAUUGAUUGCAAAGGUGCACACUGUCACCUUGGACAAAUUCAUUUUACAAUCUGAAGCAACAGAUUGUUAUUAUAUAAAUGGGGAAAUUAAUUUGAGUGAAAUUAAGCUAAUUGCUUCAUUACAGUAAAACCCAAAUUAUUUGCACUUCAUCAAAUCUGUAUAAAAAAACAGGUUUUUACUUUUGCUUGUAGCCCAGGUAUUCAAUUUAAAUGUCUAACAUUAUUGUUGGCAAAAAUACAAAACAUUUAAUGUACCAUGUCAAUCCUAAAUACAUCAAUGCUAGAGCAGUCUACUUUGUAGUCUGCUGCACUUGGAAGCUGUUUCGUACAUUUUGAAGUUUUUUGUAGGCCUUUCAGCCUACCAAGUUCUGCAUCAGCUAUUGAAUAAAGUCAAGGUGCUGGGCCAGACAGGAGGCUCAUUGCUCAACACAUCCAAGAUGAUUUCUGCCUUUCAGGGGUUCAGGUGUGAAUAGGUGUUGAGAUUACUGUAAACUUCCGGAGGACAGGGGACUCAUCAGGACUGUGUUUGAAGGACUAAGAGAGACAAGGAAGGACAUAAUAUAAUUUCAGCCGGAAUUUACCAAAUUUUACAUUAUGAAGAAAUGCUUUAACACCUGUCUGUUUAUCUUUUGUUGUGUCAUAUUCAUUGGUCAUGUUUUUGGUCAACAUGGUCAAUGCCUCUAACUGCUAAUAGUGGGACUAGAUUUUAUCCACUACCGAGGAAAAGGCACCCAUUCAUUGAUAUACAGACCAACCAUGUGAUAAACAUGACAUUUGUUUGUUUUUUUCAUUAAUCCAGUCCUGAUCAUGCCAUGAUCAUCUGAGUGAAUUACCCAAUUAGAGGCUGGCAAAGCAGGUCAAAGGAGAGGGUGUGGUCAAGACUAAAAAUAAAUGUAUUUAAGUCUAUUUCAACUCAAACAGAGAAAACCAUCCAAAAACAACAAUGUAGCCAUACUAGCCUAAUAUACUUUGGCUUAUGUUGGAGGUUUGUUUGUUUCCUUGUUGUCUGAUCGGUCUCCUCAUGUCACUAGACUCAACAGACAGUUCAGCAAGGUCACCCAUGUUUGGAUAGCUAAGUAGACAGGGCAGGCAACUGCCUCAGAGUGCCACUGGCCCCAAAAAUCCAUUGGCCCUAAAAGCUCCAGGUCUGAUGUGUGUCAGCUGCUUUGUGCAGGUUUAUUUGUUUUUGAACAUACAGCAUCAACGGACACAUUAGUUUUCAGCCCACAGUUUCAGUCUCACUCAUUAACUUUCAUACCAGCAACAAUAGGCAGCAGUUUUCAAGGAUAACAUUAAACUGACUGCACACUACCAUCCCAGUAGUCAUUGGGGCUUGAUGUUUAAAUAGGCAGCUCUUUGCGAAAACAUUCACCAUAACAACUUAACAGGGUGAUACGAUGUCAGUGUUGUGUUCACAUCUUCUUGUGCCUUUAAAUGGAAAAUAUCAAAGAGGAAAGCUAGUGUCAGAUAAUACAUUCUGGUGUAGAUAAACUGUACACAUUGCACAGAGACUGGAAGGAAUGUGGAGUCAGGUGCCUUGCCCCUAUCAGUAUAAAAUGAUUGUGGGUCUCAGCAGUUAAGUAGGACAUGACAAUAUAUUGUCUUGUCUAUGACUUAUUACUUAUAAACAAUAGGAAUGAUGGCCAAUAUUACAAAGUAAGACCCAAGAUGGGGGUAAAAAUAAUGCUACUUAAAAAUCAAAGUUUAUAGAAUUUGAUGAAAACAGUCCCAUAUUUGCAAAAGCACUUCAAGGGUUGUUUAGAGUCCAUUUGUGUUUGGAUGAUGUCGAUGAUCACUAAAAGUGGAAGAAGAAGAAGAAGAAGCCUGAAAGAGGUAAUAGCAAAAUUAAUUUUAAAGACAAUAUACUUACCACUCCAACUAAUGGAAUGAGUUUAUGGCUUCUGCCCAUGGAAUUUCUGUUUAGUUCUCAUGAAUUGCAAAAAUGCAGAUUCACAAUUAUUACAUCGAUAAACACAUUGAGUACAUAUUCAUGCUUAUCCAUAAAUUACUUGCGUUUUAUAAAUAGCAUAUAUCACACAUGUCAAUUGGAUUCUUCCACCCCCUUUGUUAUUAAGUUGUUCGAAUACAGUUAUCUUACUCCGUUUAAUGUACGCAAUAUUUAGAAGUAAAGUGAUUCUGUUGGAAUUUUUAGGUUUUCAUGAGCUCACAGUUUUAAUGUAUGAUUUUGUAUGUAACCACACCUCACACUCGGCUGAUGUCAUCUCCUUUUCCUUACUGCAAAAUGUA